GGAUGUUCCACUUCGUCCAGAUGGGAUUGAGUCAUCGGAGCCGCCAUGGAGCUGCGUAGAGCAUCGCAUUCGUUCAGACAUCACUCUGCUUAGCCACUUCCUCCGGCGACCUCGACAGCGUCCUCACGAUGCUCGCCCGAUCGAUCACCCGCGUUCUCAAGCCCGCCCGACCCAUUGUGCCCGCGCUGAGCACAUUCUCACGAGCUAUUCAUGUUUCACGUGAUGUUACCGAUAUACGCCAGCGGCGGCGUUCGCUCUUGCUCGGAGGAGAGACAGUCGGCCUCGUGCCCACCAUGGGCGCCCUUCACGCAGGGCACAUUUCGCUAGUAAGAGCCGCGGCAGCAGAGAAUAGCAAGGUCUUCGUGUCGAUAUACGUGAAUCCGACACAAUUCGGCGUAAACGAGGACCUGGACAGCUACCCGAAAACUUGGGAAAGCGACAUGGAGAAGCUCCAGAAACUCGACACCGAAUUGAGUAAGAAUGGGCAGGGCAGGAUUGAUGUGGUGUUCGCCCCUACAACCAAGGCUAUGUAUCCUACACUGCCACCGGACUCAAGCAUACCCGGUCAAGGCUCCUUCGUCACCAUCACACCGCUGGGCAACUUGCUCGAGGGCAAGAGCAGGCCCGUUUUCUUCCGCGGCGUAGCAACAGUCUGCAUGAAGCUGUUCAACAUAUGCCAGGCAGAUCGCGUGUACUUUGGGCAGAAGGACGUGCAGCAGACUGUGGUGAUAAAGAGGCUGGUCAAGGACUUCCAUUUGGACACAGAAGUGCGCAUUCUGCCUACAGAACGAGAGCCAGACGGUUUAGCCAUGAGCAGCAGGAACGUAUACCUUGGCGAGAGGAGAAGGACGACCGGCAUUGUGCUGAACAAAGCUUUGCGAGCUGCUGAGGCUGCAUACUUGAAGGGCAAGCGGAUGAGGGACGAGAUACUGGCGCAUGCCUGGGAUGAGGUGAACAUUAGACAAUUGGAGCAAGAAGAGGAGGCAGAGACUGAGCGAGCAAUGUUUGAAGUGGACUACAUCUCACUCGCAGAUCCGGAUACUAUGGAAGAGGUGGACAACGUGGACUCAAGCCGGGGCGCCAUCCUCAGCGGCGCCGUCAAGAUGCUCCCACUGGAAGCUACCCAAGAAGGGGAGAGGCUGGGCUUGGGAGACGACAAGGUGCCCGUGCGGCUGAUUGACAACAUCGUGCUGUCGCCGAAAGUGCCUUGAAGACGCUGGCAUUGAUAUCAAGUGCUCAAGACUGCGCAUGCAAUCGCUCGCACAUGCCACAUAGGAGUGGCAUUCACCUGGCUGACCAUUGUUGGUCGCGAGAGAGCCUUCUUCACGUGGCCCGGUCUGACCGUCUCGCAGCUCAUGAGGUGGUCAUCAUCUGUCUAUCAAGCCGAUAGAACACGCAUGAGGUUAAUUCAGCUGGAAGGCGUGUGAGAGACGGCGCCCACAAGCAGAUCAAGCCAGAACGCGCUUUUGCUCGCGUCUCCCAAGAUGUCGAUGUUGCGUGUGUAUGGAAGGUUUCUCAUAUGUUCGGGCCUCCAAAUAUGCGGCAGCUCAAGAAGCGGUCACUAGAGCUGGACCACUCGAGCAGCUGCCUACUGCGACCACGCUAUCAGUCGACAUGUUGCAGCCGUUGCAACCGAAAGAGCUCAGAGAGGCAAGGCUGGCUAGCCCCAUUGCGCAUAAAACUGUUCCAUCUGACCUUGUGCUUGGAUGAUCGAAGACUUGUCGAUACCGAUCAAGUAAUUGAGGUGACACGAUAUCAGCCGGCCACGUCGUCAACUUAAGGCAGAGACUACACGACGGGUCUGUGAUAAUAUCUCAUCGAUUGUAAGCUCUUCAGCUUUCCCGUGUAGCCAGUCGAAAAGUGAUGACAGGUUGCUGCGAAGCAAAGCCUUAACACGAGCCAUCGCUUCAUACAUGCGAUACGAUUCACAAGCCUCACCUUAAAUAUGUGUAGAUCUAUGCAUAUAGACGUAGAGCCGCAAGAGAAGGUUCCGACCAUUACGAUGUGGCACAUCAAUUCCCCAAACAGGACAGCCCACUUUUUGAGCUACCGUACAUCAUGCAUCACCGUCGUCAACGUCCGACCCCAAUUUUUCUCCGCAUC